CAAUGCGAUGAUGAUUCCGGUAGUAGCUUUUGCAGAUUUCGCGUCGUAAUCAUCGGAGAUAACAACCUAAAAAUUAGUAUUGAUAGUUCUAUCGUUGUAUCCGUAUGAAAUAUAUAAAAUGAACGUGAUAUCGUGUUGGGUAUUAAUUGUAAGUGUGUUGGAAUUAGUAGCAGCAGAAUGGAACACAAAAGACUAUAUGAAACGAGAACAUUCUUUGAUCAGACCAUAUCAAGGAUCUGGAAUGAUUAUACCUUAUUGGGAUUUUAUGGGUAGUACAAUGGUAACAAAUAACUACGUAAGAAUAACACCAGACCAACAAAGUAAACAAGGUGCCAUAUGGAAUUCUGUUCCAUGUCAUGUAAGAAAUUGGGAGGUUCAAGUUCAUUUUAAAGUCCAUGGAAAGGGAAGAGAUUUAUUUGGUGAUGGUUUUGUUAUUUGGUAUGCAAAAGAAAGAAUGAGAACAGGUCCUGUGUUUGGAAAUCAAGAUUAUUUCCAAGGAUUAGCCAUAAUCUUAGACACUUACAGUAACCACAAUGGCCCACAUAAUCACCAACAUCCGUAUAUUUCUGCCAUGGUCAAUAAUGGUUCCUUACAUUAUGAUCAUGAUCGUGAUGGAACACAUACACAAAUUGCAGGUUGUGAAGCAAAUUUUAGAAAUUUAGAACAUGACACACAUGUUGCUGUACGAUAUGAAAGAGAUACACUAACUGUUUCCACAGACUUUGCAAACAAAGCUGCAUGGAAGGAGUGUUUUUCUGUAAAAGACAUUAAACUGCCUACAAGCUAUUUUUUCGGAAUUUCGGCUACAACGGGAGAUUUAUCCGAUAAUCAUGAUAUUUUAUCUAUUCGUUUAUUUGAACUAGACCUACCAGACGAUCCUAAAGAUCAAGAAGAUAGGUCCAAUAUUUUACCGUCAGCUGCAUAUUUCGACGCACCGCGAGAGCACAUAGACGAUCCAAAACAAUCUGCAUUAAGUAGAAUAAUGUUUUUCCUUUUAAUGCUCGUGGGCGCGUUGGCAUUAAUCGCCUGUGUCGUGAUAGGCAUUAUGUGGUACCAGAAACAUCAAGAGAACAGUAGAAAACGUUUUUACUAAAUCACGGUGCGUUAUAAACUAUUUCUGCUUUUGAAUUUCUCGUUUAUAUCGGAGGUUCUUUCUAUUAAAAUAAGGUAUAGUCAUAAAGUGUUCAUAAGACUGUUUCCUUGGAUAUUAGUGUAGCAAGUAACGAUUAAUAUUGACAGCCAUUAUCUCGGUUUCUGAGAACAUCGUUUUGAGAGAUAUUUGAACGAAAAUACGCCAUCAGGAAACGAAAGAAUCGUAAUAAUAUAUAAACUAUCGCAGCAGUGAUAAAUAAGACGUGUCGAAUUAUGCCAUCUGCUACUUUAGCUCUAUUAAUGUUUAACACGACCAGUACAGAGUUCCUUUACCAAAGUUUUCAUGCUAUUAAGUUGCUGCAAUGAAUUUUCUAGAAAUAAGUUGAAUUAUUCGCGUAAGAAGUAAAUAUAUACCGUUGUGAUGCCUCAAGUGAAAAUAUUUUUUAAAUAGACGCAAUCGGAAACUGAUUUAUCACGUAUCUAACACUUCCGUACGAAUCACAGUUUAAGUUGAGAAAUGUAACAGCGAAUAAACAAAAAAAAAAAAAAAAAAAAAAAAGAAAAGAAAAGAAAAAAUGUGCUCUGAAAGGAGCAGAUGUAGGUGCAGAAGUUUUUCAUAGCAACUUUGGAAUUCACGCCGUUUACGUGAAACAUCUCGUGUAGCUAGGGUGUUUCGAUUAGAAGAACAAAUUGCUUUUUAGGAAUACUUAUCGAUUCCUAUGUACGAAAGCGUUCUUCUUCGCUUCGACUUAUCUUUACAUCUGUGGAUUCGGUAUGAUUGAAAAGACUUUAUUGAUGUAGAUUUUAUAUUUGUACAUAAAGCAAACUGAACAUUAUCAAUGUGAAAUAGUUGUAGAGUGAUUUCGUACUGUAUAAUUCUUUUUUAUACAAAAGAAAG